GUGCCCGCUGCUGCAUCGCUGAGCUACAGGGACCGGAGGCGAGGAGAGCCGGAGUGUUUGUCCUUGAGACUGACUGACUGCAGCUGGAACGCGGAGCCGCCGGUGGAUGAAGCUGACAGCUUCCAGGCAGAAUGUCCGUGAGGGGCUUGGACCCCGCCUGUCCCACGUCCAUAAAGCGCGAGCCCUCCAGCCCUAGCCCCAGCUCUCAGGGCGAUGUCAGCCCAGCUCAGCCCAGUCCCGGUAGCUCCUCAUCAGACACGAACUCCAGCUACGGUCCCCUCACCAAGGGCCUCGCUCACAACAACGGGCUGGAGUCGCCGAGCCUCUGCGGUCACACGGCAGGCUUGGCCAAUAACGGCGGAGCAAACAGGCGGUUUGGGGAGGACGAAGGCCAAGUGAAGUGUGAGUUCAUGCUGGGCACCGUGGCGAAGCGGGUGUGUCUGGUGUGCGGUGACGUGGCCUCUGGCUACCACUAUGGCGUGGCUUCCUGUGAGGCUUGCAAAGCCUUUUUCAAGAGGACCAUCCAGGGUAACAUCGAAUACAGCUGCCCAGCGUCCAACGAAUGUGAAAUCACCAAGAGAAGGAGAAAAUCCUGCCAAGCCUGUCGGUUCUUGAAGUGUCUGGCAGUGGGCAUGUUGAGAGAAGGCGUCCGUCUGGACCGGGUUCGAGGAGGCAGGCAGAAGUAUAAGAGAAGAAUAGAUGCUGAGAACAGCCCCUAUCUGCACCCACAGAGCGGCUUGCCACAGAAAAAGACCUUUUUUGUAGACGCAGUGGAAAACAAGGUGGUGUCUCUGCUGCUGGUAGCCGAGCCGGAGAGCAUCUUCGCCAUGCCGGACCCCACGGUACCCGAGAGCGACAUCAAGGCUCUGACCACGCUGUGCGACCUGGCCGACAGAGAGCUGGUGGUCAACAUCGGCUGGGCCAAACACAUCCCCGGCUUCCCCACCCUUUCUUUAGCUGACCAGAUGAGUCUCCUGCAGAGCGGCUGGAUGGAGAUCCUGAUCCUCCGGGUGGUGUUUCGCUCCCUGACCAUGGAGGACAAGCUGGUUUACGCCGAAGACUACAUCAUGGACGAGGAGCAGUCCAAACUGGCUGGGCUGUUUGAUCUGAACAAUGCUAUCCUGCAGCUGGUGAAGAAGUACAAAAGCAUGGGGCUGGAAAAGGAGGAGUUUGUGCUUCUCAAGGCCAUCGCGCUCGCAAACUCGGACUCCAUGCAAAUCGAGGACUCUGAGGCCGUUCAGAGACUUCAAGACGUCCUUCACGGGGCCCUGCAGGACUACGAGGCCGCCCACCACCCCGAGGACUGUCGGCGUGCUGGGAAGCUGAUCAUGACGCUCCCUCUGCUCCGUCAGACGGCCGCCCGUGCCGUCCAGCACUUCUGCAGCAUCAAACAGGACGGCCGAGUACCUAUGCACAAACUAUUCCUCGAACUCCUUGAGGCCAAAGUUUGAUCGGAAGCAGAUGCAUCUGCAGCUUUGUGACCUCCGAGGUUUAAUAUGAGAGGAGGCGGAGCAUAUUGGUGAAUAGUGGGUUCCUGUC